AUGCAAAAUUCAACGCCGCCGGCCCUUACGUUUGACGAAGUCGACGAUUUGCUAUACUUCACUCGUGCGAACGAAACGCAAGAUCUUCAGCAAAGUCUCAAUGAGCUCGCGCAGAAAUAUCAGUGCAAACCUAAGGAUGUUCUCGAGGCCGCCGUUGAUCCCGAAACUGGCAAGACCGUCCUACAUUUCUGCUCUGCAAACGGUCUGAGCGACUUGUUGGCGGUACUGUUGUCGCAUUUGAAGGGUGAGGAGCACACUGUGGGGAAUGAUGCUGCGGUGUCCUCGUUGAUCAAUCAUGGGAACAAGGAAGGAAACACACCACUGCACUGGGCCGCGUACAAUGGUCAUCUUGAUGUCGUCAAGACCCUCUUGGCAGUGGGUGCUGAUAUGUGGGUGAAGAAUUCAGCUGGACAUCUGGCCAUGUUUGAGGCGGAGAGGGCGGAUAAGAAUGACGUGGUCCAGCAUUUAUUGGAGGCGGGAGGCAAGGAAGUGGAGAAGGCCGGUGUUGAGGGAAUGCCUUCAGCCGACGACAUUGCAGAGGUGGAGGAGGAUACGAUGGAAGAGGCGAGUACCAGCGCGCAGGCAGGCGCAGACGUUGAUGUUGACAUGGACCGGYCCUCGAAYGAUUGA